AUGUCAGAACCACCGGCUACUGAGCCAGUACAGCCUUCGGCACCUCCUGCAUCAGCACCCGCGGCCCAGGAGAGUGCUUCCGCAGCGACAAAUGCUGAAGCUACAGACGCGCCCAAGAAGCUCUCACCAGCAGAGCUCAAGAAGCAAAAACAGGCCGAGAAGCAAGCAAAGCGAGCACAGGCCAAAUCAGUAGGCGGGCCAUCGAACCAGCAGCAAGGACCGGCCAAGGACGGCCAGAAGCAGCAAAAAGACUCGAAGCAAACAUCAAAAGACGACAAGUCAAGACCGUUGGCACUACGGCGGCGGCCAUCGCAACCCAACACGCCAACAGCCAAAGAGCCAGAGAAAAAAUCCAAGAAAGAGAAAGAGCCAAAGCAGACUGGUUUAUUCUUUGGUCAUCUCUACAGUCAACCCAAGCAGCAAUCUCUUGUUGGAGCGUCCAAGGAUGUACACCCAGCUGUACUUGCGCUCGGUCUACAUACAGCGCGAAUGGUGGCAAUGCUCUUAGUUUUCAAAACAGUCAUCGAGACCUACCAAACGCCUCCCGGCAACAGCUUAGCUCGACAUCUUACUAGCCAUCACCUAGGUCCACAGAUUGAGUUCCUGAAGAGCUGUCGGCCGCUCAGUACCAGUAUGGGAAAUGCGAUCAGAUGGUUGAAAGACAUCAUCAUCAAGAUAGAUCCCUCCACGCCUGAAAAUGAGGCCAAGCGGGAUCUGAUUGAAGAGAUCGAUAUCUUCAUUCGCGAGCGUGUUACAGCUGCCGAUAGACUUAUCCGCGAUCUAGCAGCUACUAAGAUUCGGGCGGGUGAUGUCGUUCUGGUCUACGCAGCAUCCUCCAUCGUCGAGCAAACCAUCAUUCACGCUCAUCAGUCUGGUAAACCCUUCACAGUCAUUGUGGUCGAUUCAAAGCCAUUGUUUGAAGGCAAGCAGCUGGCACGCAAGCUCGCUAAUCACGGCAUCACCGUACGAUACUAUCUCAUUACAGGCGCCUCACACGCCGUAAAGGACGCAACCAAAGUGUUUCUGGGUGCACAUGCCAUGAUGUCAAACGGUCGUCUCUACUCUCGCGUUGGCACGGCAGUAGUCUCCAUGCUCGCCCACUCACACUCGCUACCUGUCAUUGUGCUCUGCCAGUCCGUCAAGUUCACCGAGAAAGUCGCACUAGACUCCAUCGUCGGAAACGAAGUGGCGCCAGCUGAGGAAAUACUUUCCGAAGCCGAGCGUCGCGAUCUACUUCCCCUCAAGCCACGUCUCUCCGCAUCGAAGGACGACAAGUCAACCCCAGAAGAUGCCCCGGCUGAUACUUCAGACGUUCUCAAAUGGAUCGAAGACGCGAAAAAUCUGUAUCAUCUCCAGGUUCUAUAUGACGUCACACCUGCGCAGUAUAUCAACAUGGUCAUAACCGAAUACGGAAGCUUGCCGCCAAGCUCGGUCCCUGUAGUCCACCGCCUGAGUACGAACAUAUGAAUCCUGUCCCGCGUUUCUUUUUGUGUGUUCAGAGUACCUUCCAAAGCAAGUGCUAACCUUGGUCGUUCAGGAACUGAAGAGCAGGAGACAACGACCACAAAGAGGGGUAUCCGUCAGGCUACAGGGUGGU